UUACUGUUGUCGGCGGUGAUGGAGAGCGGAGGGUGGCUGCGCUUCGGUGUCCUUCUGCUCUUCGCGGCCCCGUUUUGGGGCCGGGAGCUGGGUUUGGGAGGAGAGAGGAGGCUGAGGUCCCGGAGGGGGGCGGCGGAGGAGGCGGGAUGCGGCCCCAGGGAGGGCGGCUUCGACCGGGAGGCGCUGGACAACAACACCCACAAGCGUGUCUUCAAUGACCUCAGUGGCUCAGUAUCCCUCUCCUGGAUUGGAGACAGCACUGGGGUUAUUCUUGUAUUGACAACAUUUCAGGUACCACUGCUGAUUGUGACUGUUGGGCAGUCUAAACUCUACCGAAGUGAAGACUAUGGAAAAACCUUUGUGGACAUUACAGAUCUUAUUAACAACACUUUCAUCAGAACAGAAUUUGGAAUGGCUAUUGGACCUGAGAAUUCAGGGAAGGUUAUACUGACAGGGGACAGGUCUGGACCAGAACAUACAGGACGGAUCUUCAGAUCAUCAGAUUUUGCUAAAAACUUUGUACUGACAGAUCUCCCUUUCCAUCCUUUGACACAAAUAACCUAUCACCCUGAGAAUUCUGAUUUGUUGUUAGCCCUCAGUACUGAGGGCAGCCUUUGGGUAUCCAAGAACUUUGGUGAGAAAUGGAAGGAAAUACACAAAGAUGUUUGCCUGGCCAAAUGGGGCCCUGGCAUAACCAUCUUCUUCACCACUUACCUGAAUGGCUCUUGUAAAGCUGAUCUCGGGUUACUGGAACUGAAAAAGACCAAAGACUUUGGGAUGACAUUCCAGACUAUAGGCAACAAAAUUUAUUCCUUUGGUCUGGGUGGACGCUUUCUCUUUGCAUCUGUGAUGACAGAAAAGGGUAACACAAGGCGAAUCCAUGUGUCACUGGAUCAGGGUGAAACCUGGAAUAUGGCCCAGCUUCCUUCAGUGGGACAAGAGCAGUUUUACUCUAUCUUAGCAGCUAAUGAUGACAUGGUGUUCAUGCAUGUUGAUGAACCUGGAGAUACUGGGCAUGGAACAAUCUACACCUCUGAUGAUCAAGGUAUUAUAUAUUCCAAAUCUCUAGAAAGGCACCUUUACACAACCACUGGGGGAGAAACAGACUUCACCAAUGUGACUUCCUUGCGAGGCAUCUACAUCACUAGUGUACUCUCAGAAGAUAAUUCCAUUCAGUCCGUGAUUACCUUUGAUCAAGGAGGAGAGUGGGUACACUUGAGAAAGCCUGAAAAUGCUAAAUGUGAUUCGACAGCCAAAAAUAAGGAGGAGUGCAGUCUUCACAUCCAUGCAUCUUACAGCAUCUCACAGAAGCUGAAUGUACCAAUGGUACCUCUGUCAGAACCUAAUGCUGUUGGUAUCAUCAUUGCUCAUGGAAGUGUUGGAGAUGCCAUUUCAAUAACAAACCCAGAUGUCUACAUUUCGGAUGAUGGUGGCUACACAUGGGCACGGAUGCUGGAAGGACCCCAUCAUUAUGCCAUCUUGGAUUCUGGGGGCAUCAUUGUGGCUGUUGAGCAUACCUAUCAUCCUAUCAAUGUGAUUAAGUUCUCAACAGAUGAAGGGCAAUGCUGGCACAAAUACGUUUUCAGUAAGGAACCAAUAACUUUUACUGGCCUGGCUUCAGAACCUGGAGCAAAAUCGAUGAAUGUUAGUAUCUGGGGAUUUAAGGAGAGCUUCCUGUCCCGACAGUGGAUCUCAUAUACCAUUGACUUUAAUGAUCUGCUCAGCAGGGACUGUGUGGAGAAGGACUAUACAAAGUGGUUGGCCCAUUCCAGUGACCCCAGUAACCCUGCUGAUGGCUGUAUCCUGGGCUAUAAAGAGGAAUACCUACGGCUUCGCAAGUCAUCUGUCUGUCAAAAUGGCCGAAACUAUCAAGUGACCAAGCAACCUUCUGUCUGCACUUGUACAUUAGAUGAUUUCCUUUGUGAUUUUGGCUACUUCCGCCAAGAAAACCAAUCUGAAUGUAUAGAGCAGCCAGAACUGAAGGGUCAUGACUUGGAGUUCUGUCUGUAUGGGAAGAAAGAGAGGUUAAAGACCAAGGGAUAUCGGAAGAUUCCAGGAGAUAAAUGUGUUGGUGGGGAGAAUCCCACCCGUGAAGAGACUGAUUUAAAAAAGAAAUGUACUAGCAACUACUUGAACUCAAGCCAGUUGUCUGCCUCUUCCAACUCCACUCCAGUCAUCCUGGCUGUAAUAGGCUUGAUGCUCACCACUGCAGUAGCUGGAGUAGUCAUCAUUAAGAAAUAUGUUUGUGGGGGAAGGUUUCUGGUUCAUCGGUACUCUGUCCUUCAACAGCAUGCAGAAGCCAAUGGCUUUGAAGGACUUGACACACCAGAUGCUGGUAAAACAGGUUACCAUGAUGAUUCUGAUGAGGAUCUCCUGGAAUAGUGAUACAUAGACCUUAACUAAAACUGGAUACAUAUGGGUUUGGAUGCUGCUACGGAAGGGUGGAAAUGCCGACAGCCCAUUCAACUCCCAGUCUGGAUACCUUUCCCAUCUCUGAGGAAAAGGGUCUGUGUUCCUGUUGCUUCAUCAAACUGUCCAAACCCUCAAGAAUGCAAGAUCUGUAUUGGGGGUAGGGGUGGUUGAGAAGACUACAGGUCUGAGUAAGGAGGAAGAAAGCUUCUUCUUCUUCUUCUUCUUUUAAAAAAAGGAUAGGGGAGAAAAAGGUUAACAUUAUUUUAAUCAGAUUUCUUUCCAGCUCUUAAAAGAACUAAAUAGGAACGUGAAAGCAAUAUUUCACUAAAUAUUAACAUUACUAGGUUCAAUAUGUUUUGCUGCUGAAAGAAGGGCCCAAAUUUCCAGAUGAGAGACAUCUUUGAUUCCAACACUGUGGUGAUACCGUUUUGAAGCUGCUGCAAUAUGAUCAGCACUUCUCCAAGCAUAUAAAGCAAAGACAUGCUGGAGCAAGGACUGAGGAAGCUAACCAGCAUCCCAAAGGGCAGUGUGCCAAAAUGGAAGUGCUUUCUGUUUUAACUAAAAUGUAACCAACUGGGUAGAUUUAUGCUGUACAAAGCAAGAGAAUAUUUCAAGGCUCAAACAAACUCCAUGGCUGGGCUAUACAAUUCCAAGGAACUAAACUGUGAAACCAGCAUUUGUGCUACCACAAAUGUUUAACAAAAGAAGAAGAAAGAAAAGAAAAUAAUGGUAUCCCGAGUGGAUUCAUCUUAUAUUUUGUGGGACUAAGCAUUACAGAUCUAUUAGAAAAAAGACUUGUUUAGAAUGUCAUAAUCUCAUGAAGUAACAGAAGUUACGUGCUGUAGAUCUUGGUUAUUGAAGGAAUGUUUCAUUAUAGGCAGCACUAUGAUGUUUUUCAGUGUUCAGUUUUUCACUAUGCACCUGUUUUAAUGAAAGCAAUAGAUAUGUGGUAGCAAGCCACUCUAUUUGGUACUUCAUAUUUACCAACACCUAUUUUCCCACAUAAUUUGAGUUUUAACAGUUAAACUGCCCACAUGGAAUCAUAUUCUUUCCCAGUACUUUUCAGAGAGUAUUGUGAACUGAAUAUUCAAACAUUUAAUUUAAAGUCAUUUAGAUGCUAAUAUAAAGGUUAGUUUGCUUAAUGCCAGUUGGCAAUAGAAGCAUCCCAAUCUAAUGAUUAUUGGAAAAGAGACAGAAAGUGUCUUGCGAGUCUUUACUAACUCUCAGUUAUUUUCUGGAUCAGUUUAAGCCCAAGGUAGUGGCACUUACACUUGUGUUAGAAUCUUAUAACUGCCUUGUGGAAAACUACUCGUAAUUAUUGGGGUUCUUUCUGUUGUUUCAUUGAGGAUCUUAUUCACUAGAAGAUGUGCUUGUUUUAAUUUUGGAGAAACCCUCUUAUAAGAAACAACUCUGCUUAUUUUGAAACUAAGUAUGGGAAACUAGAGUAUUUUCAAAAGAAAUCAGAAAAUGACUUGUUGGGAGGCUUUUUAAAUUCUAAAUUCAUAUCCUAUGAUAAUGUCAUUGGGAGCAUGAACAUCUGCUACCUAUCCUCCUCAGACCCCCCCCCCCCCGCUGUCCCUUACUUCUCUUCCCCCAUGCUCACCUUGCAGUGGGGUAGUAUCAGUGAGCUAUUUUCACCAGAGGCUUCUGUGAGGAGCCUUCAUUUCUCCCACCAUUGGUAAGUGCUAAUACUAACUAUCUCAAACACAAGGAGCAUUGGCAGAUAUAUAUUUCGAAUACUUUGGAUGCUUCAUUUAUAGUGUCAAAAUUAAUGGGGACAGGAGAGAGAGAGAGAGAGAGAAAGGUUUGGAUUACAAUUGAAACUCGUUGAAAUGUGGGGUGGGAAUUCAUCUUGCUUUAUAAUCAAGGUGAGAAUUACAAGGUGGACAUAUUUGGUAUUCUUCUAAAACAAGUGAUUACAGAUUUCAGCAACAAUGUUACUUGUAAGGUUAGAUUAGGUGUUCCUACUUUGGUGAAUUGUUAACAUGUGUCUCAUCAUUCAUCAUGUAUUUCAUGCUUUUAGUGUGUUAAAUAAGAGAGCCUAAUUGGGUUGAAGCAGAAGAAUGUCCGGUCACUGAUGACUUGCAUCAAAUGAAGGAGGAUUUUGUUAGGUAUUCAUAGGCCAAUAAAUAUUCCCAGAUAAGAGAUGCUGUUAAAGUCAAAGGACUUUCUGCCUCUCCUUUUGGCGGAGUAAGAUAUUUGGAAGCAAGUGCCAUGAAAGUAAAAUAUUUGAGAGUAAGUGUCCCGGAUUUGUUUUUCUCCUUGUGACUUGGCUUUAUUAUGCUUUUUUGACAAGGUCCCUAUUUCCCAAUGUGCAUCAUUGAAUGAUUAAAUUAUAACCCAGAAUGUUGUUGUUUUUCCAUGGUAUUAUGGUACCAUGUUUUUUCUUUACAUGGUAUUAUUUUUUAGUCCCUUAUGAAAGAUAAAUGCACCAACAGGGAACACACCUGUGCAAAGUCAAAGGAACGUUUAUUCCUGGAAAAUCUAGUUCUGUGCAACCAUUUGCUUGCAAUAAGUGCAGAACUGUGAGGACAUGAGUAAAUAUGCAUACUGUACCCCUUUGUGUCUCCAGCUGCCUCUUACAUCUUUGCACAUUGGACACAAAUAUUUGUACAAGGACUUGUAGACGUGUUUCUGAAUGCACUUUUGAUUUCCUGUUAUUGGGAACCAUGGACAUGUUUACAAACCCCCUAUAUAGGCCUUGAGUUAUGCAGAGAUCUAUGAGAGAAACAGGCACUUGGGAGAAGGGGAGUGUCCUCACCUAUGUUUCAGCUGCAAUUUAGUCUUACAUGUGCUGUAAGAAAAAAAUAGGUGCAUAGAGCUUCUUAUUCCACUUUCCACUUGUUAUUCAUGACUUAACAGGGCAAUACAAAAGUACACUUGACAUCGAAUAAGUGUUGCUUAUAGUGAAUUAACAUUUGCAAAACUCAAGGUAACCAGACUUGAAACUGAAGGGUCUAAAUAAUACUAUGUCAGCUAAGGGCACUCCAAAGCUGCUGUUCUUUAUUUACAUUUUUCUGUGUAUGUUUGUCCAGUACAGAACCAAAUUCAAAUGCCUAUUAUGCAGGUGAUUACUGAAUCUCCAGACAUCAGGCUGGAAAUAUAAAGCAAACUGUAAUGGAGCUGGUGAAAACAUAAUCCAAUACAGUAUCAACAUGACUGCAUACUUUUCCAGUCUCAUGUCCAGCUUUCCAUGUGUAUUGAAGUGUUCUGAAAGGCUGCUGGGGUCAAAGGUUUACUGUUGUGUAGCUCAGAAGCAGGCCUCUGACCUGUUUCCUUGCUCCAUUUCUGCUGGCACCACUCUUAGGGCUGUUUGGUGAGUGCAUUGAGAACAUUUUAAAUAACUUGAAACUUCCCCAAUAAAUGUGCCAGGGCCUGGUAACUGCCACACACUUGCUGCCCUGGGCAAGAGUACCCUUCUUUCCAGUUGUGUCGAAUAUGUAGGUAACAUUGUGUUGUUUCUUCAUAUUGUAAGGGUGCUGCCAAAGCAAGAAUGUAGCCACAGGGGUGUUGCCAUUGCAUGCGCUUUGAACCAUUAUUGACUCCUUGAGUGAACUAGAUUUUAAAGACUCCAUACCACAUGCAUAAUGGCUGUAGAAUACUACAUAAUAAAAGCCAUAGCUAAUAUUCUUCUCUACACAGAAUUUCUUAAGGUGUACAUUAUGAGACAAGAUGCAGAAGAAAAAGGAAGGAGCCAUGUAUAGAGUUUGUAAAUAAGCCUGGCUAUAUUAUAAAUUUGUACUGGUAUUUUUCUGUAUAUUUGCAAUAUUUGGGUUAGAAAUAAAAACAAAAAUUGACUUUUCAUGGA